GAAAGAAUGUGUGGGUUUGUUGACCAUCUUAGUAUCAACAAUACUUGCUAGAUAAAUGUACCUUGAGAAAUGUAAUGCUAUAUCACAGUAUUGGAUACAUGACAGUUAUUACUGCACUUGAAGGAAAGAUAAAUUUUGCCCUUCUAAAAAAUAUAAGAUUGAUAUGUGGCAUGUUUUGUUUUGUUUGAAUUGUGCAUGGAUGGUUUUGUAGUCAAAGAAAAGGACAAGGGAGCCAAAGGAAGAGAAUGACACUUGGGCCUGCUGUAAGGGAUGGAGAGAAUGUCUUUGGUGUUGCCCACUUUUUUGCAUCAUUUAAUGACACAUUCAUUCAUGUGACUGAUUUGUCUGGAAGAGAAACCUUGGUUCGCAUCACUGGUGGUAUGAAAGUGAAAGCAGACAGGGACGAGUCAUCCCCAUAUGCUGCCAUGCUUGCUGCACAAGAUGUUUCACAAAGAUGCAAGGAACUUGGCAUCAGUGCUCUUCAUAUUAAGCUCCGUGCAACAGGUGGGAACAAGACAAAAACUCCUGGCCCUGGUGCUCAAUCAGCACUCCGUGCCCUUGCCCGUUCAGGAAUGAAAAUUGGUCGUAUAGAGGAUGUGACUCCAAUUCCAACUGAUAGUACUCGUAGAAAGGGUGGCAGAAGAGGAAGAAGGCUGUAA